AUGAUCAUAACAUAAUUUCCAGUAGACAACUAUUGCCUACCUCUAAUGUAAGUUCUAUUUGAUAAGCAAAACUAUUAUGAUUCCUAGUCCUAUUCCAUUAAAGCUAAUGUCUAAUCUGUCUUUAUCAAAUAAACUUAAAGUAUUACUAUUGAGAUAAGUUGCAUUCUUUUAGAACAUUUUAUUUACAUUUAAGAUUUCAACAAAACUAUGCAUUUUAAUUUAACAUUAAAUGAAGCAGUAUUAAAUUAAUUUUAUAACAAUAAAUAGGUAAUAAAAAAAUAAAUUUCUUGUCACUUCCCUUAUUAUGGAUUGAAUUGUUCUCUUAAAAUGCAAUAAAUUUAAGCUGAUUAUGCCAUCACCUUUAAUAUAUUAAAUAACUCUUGGUUUUAUGCUUACAUAGUUCUUGAUAAUAAAGAUUAUGAUGUAUGAUUUUAAUUAUAAAAAGAUUGUAAUCCAUAAUAAAUAAGCUUUAUUUGGGAUAUCAUCUAUACCAGCAGAUAAACUUAACAUAACAAUACUUCCAACCUUUUUUACAAAUUUUGAAGUUAUUGAUCUAUAAAAUUAAGAGAAAUCAAUUAGUUUGACAAGGGAAUCGGAUAUAUCAGAUUAUUUAUUUAUUUUUGGAUUAUUCAAUUUCAACACAACUGACAUUAAAGAAAUAACUAUAUCUUUUAUGUAUAUUUUUAUUAUACACUAGAUCUUUGGAUAAUUUGGAUUAAUUUCCUUAUUGGGCAAUUAUAAUCUUAAUAUCAAUUUUUACAUUUGGUAUGUUCAUGGCAUUAAUCAUAUUUUUAAGCUAUAAAAGAUAAUACAGAAAAUUAACUUAAAUUUAACCUUCACUUGAUAGAAAGAUUUUAAAAAAAUAUAUGCCAAUUAAGAAUGUUGACUCUAAGAUGAUACAUGAAACCUGUUCUAUAUGUUUAUUAUAAUUUGAAAUCAAAGAGAAAUACCGUUAAACACCAUGUAAUCAUAGUUUCCAUGAUUAAUGUUUAUCAGAUUGGUAUAAAAUUAUUUUAUUUAGGACUGUGAAAUAACCUAAUUGUCCUGUUUGUAGAUAAAGUUUAAAAGAAUCUGAGAUAUAAAAAUUAAUUUUAUUGAAGACUUAGUAACCUUAGCUAAUUGAAAAAACAAAUGAAAAAGUAUAAUUAAAAGAAGAUGCACAAUAAGAAUAAAGUGAUCGAGGAGCUCUUUAUAUCCGUUUUGUUCCAACACCAUUUAGGACUUCUUGUAGAAUAGACUUAGACAAUUCACCUUAAGGAGAUCAUUCUUCUUAAUAGGUUUAAUUUGAUGGAACUCCAAAGCAUCAGAGUUAAAGAGAUCUAUAUAAAAAUUAAGAUAAGAUAGUUGAAUCUUAAAUAUGA